UUUAGCGGUGUUCUGUUUACGGUCGUUUUCGUUUUCGCUUUGUUUUUGUAGAAUAAUGGAGUGGUCAAGGCAACAAAUUGUCGAUUUAAUUGCAAUGUACCAGGGGGAGGAUUGUUUAUGGAACGUCCGGAGCAAGGAUUACAAAAAUACCGUUAAAAAACACGAUGCACUUGCAAAAAUUGCAGCAGCUUUUGGCACGGACAAGGGAAGUGUUGAGAAGAAAAUACGAUCGCUCGUGGUUGCGUACAGGCGCGAGAAAAGAAAAAUUAUUGCCAGCAGACCAUCUGGUAGUGGUGCAGACACUGCAUAUGACUCGAACUGGUUCGGCUAUCGGCUACUGCAGUUCUUGGACGAUGUACAUGAGCCGAAGGAGACAACAGAUACUGUGGAAAAUGAGGUUUUCGUACAUUCUCCAGAGGGCACAAAUGAGGAUGAAGAGGUUGCAGCUGGACCUUCCAGUCCUCCACCACCAAAAAUCAGAAGGAUGAUGGGCGAGAAAAAAGACAUGCAGCAACCCUUCAAGAUUGCGUCUCAAUUGCUAGCUAAAGUGCUGCAAAAACAAGAAGACAAGGACGAUGAAUGCAGUGCGUAUGGGCAGUAUGUGGCCUCAGUUUUAAGGAAAUUGCCCGAGUUACAACGAGCAAAAACAAUGGCUUUGCUUAAUAAUGUACUAAUGAAACAACAUGUAGCGUAUUUAGAAAGUGAGCAGUCGAAAAGGGGUAUGAAUGUAGCAGGGCCAUCAUCAUCAAGUAACAAUUCCCCUGUUACAUUUACAAGCUAUGUAGACAGUGACAACGCAGUUGAAGAAGUUGUGUUUGACGAAUUAUGUAACGUAAUUGAGAAAUAA